AUGACGUCUUCCCCUCCAGAAAUCGUCCCUCAGCAACCUCUGGAUGCUCUGCUUCUUAACAAAACAGAUACUGAACAGGAUAUGUUCCUUACCAAGUACCCAACUUACGACGGAAGAGACAUACUGAUUGCUAUCCUCGACACUGGAGUCGACCCUUCUUUGCCUGGAAUGCAAGUAACAACAACUGGAGAGCGAAAAAUGUUUGAUGUUAUCGACUGUUCUGGAGCUGGUGAUGUGGACACUUCAACGACGAGAACAGUCAAAGAUAAAGUCAUUGAGGGAUUGUCAGGACGGAAGCUAACCAUCCCCGACAAAUGGAAAUGCCCAACGGGAGUAUUUCAUGUGGGAAUAAAACCGAUUUUUGAGUUAUACACCAAAGGAGUCAAGACUCGAGUCAUCAGUGAACGGAAAGAAGAUGUGGUAACUCCAUCCCAUAACCUCUCAGCAGCAGAAGCGUUGAAACAACUAACCGAACAUGAAAAACUAGUUGGAGGAACGAGUGACAAGAUUUCGGAUAAAUGGGACAGAGAAGAUCUUGCUUGCAAAGUUGAUUUCUUGAAAUCAAUGUCAUCCGUUUCUGAUAUUGGCCCUGUCGCUGAUGUCGUGACAUGGCAUGAUGGAGAAUCAUGGAAUGUUUGCAUUGAUACUUCGUUCCGCGGCCGAUUAGGAAUGUGCAAUGUGCUGGGUUCUUUCCGAGAAACUGGUGAUUACGCUUAUCUUACUGAUAAAGAUUCGGUUGUUUACACUGUGAGAGUCAGCCCCGAUGGAAAUCUAACUGAAAUUGCUGUCCCCUCUGGUGCUCACGGUAGCCAUGUCGCAGGAAUUGCCGCUGCAAACUACCCAGAUAACCCACAGAAGAAUGGUUUGGCUCCAGGUGCCAAGAUUCUCUCAUUGAACAUUGGAGAUCAUCGACUUGGAGCUAUGGAAACAGGACAGGCGAUGACACGAGCAUUCAAUUUGUGUGCAGAGCUUAAAGUUGAUGUUAUCAAUAUGUCAUUCGGUGAAGGAACUCAUUUGCCUGAUGUCGGACGGGUCAUUGAAGAAGCUCGGAGAUUGAUCGAUCGGAAAGAUGUGAUUUAUGUGUGUUCUGCUGGAAAUCAAGGACCUGCUUUGUCCACAGUUGGUGCCCCAGGAGGAACGACAACUGGUGUUAUCGGAAUCGGGGCUUACCUGACCGCCGAAUCUGCUGAUACACUUUAUGGAGUUUACAAGCCAGUCGACAGCAAUAUCUAUCCCUGGAGCUCGAGAGGGCCAUGUCAGGACGGUAAACUGGGAGUCAGCCUUGUAGCCCCAGCCGCUGCUUUCGCUGGUGUUCCUCAAUACUGUCGCCAAAGCAUGCAAAUGAUGAAUGGAACCAGCAUGAGUUCCCCAAAUGCGGCUGGUAAUGUCGCAUGCAUGCUUUCUGGUUUGAAACAACAAAAUCUGAAAUGGACGCCCUACACAGUCCGUAUGGCACUUGAGAACACUGCUUUUCCUCUUCCAAAUAUAGAUUCUUUCUCACAAGGACAAGGAAUGAUCAAGAUUGCUACCGCAUUUGAAAAACUUUCGGAAAUGUUGGCCAACAAAGUAUUCCCAUCUCGAUUGACGCAUUUCGAGGUUAAAGUUUCCGAUCAUUGCAAAAAGUCGAAAGGAAUUUACAUUCGAGAGCCAAACUGGAACGGACCACAAGAAUUCACCAUUGGAGUGGAGCCGAUUUUCCAAAAUCAUCAGACAGAUGAUAACUUGCCUGCUAUCAGUUUUGAAAAACAAGUUAUUCUUCAAUCAACAGCCCCAUGGGUGUCUCAUCCUCAAACUAUGUUUGUUGUUGCACAGGAAAGAACAAUGGUAGUGACCGUGGAUGCUUCCAAGGCACCGAAAGGAGCGAGCUAUACCGAAAUCGUUGGAAUCGACACAGCUGAUCCAUCUCUGGGACCAAUCUUCCGCAUUCCAAUCACUGUCAUCAUUCCUGAAAAGGUUGCCGUUGAUCAAUUUACUUCUAAGAUCGUUGGAAAAUCGGGCGUAUCUGAACGACGGUUCGUACAAAUUCCAUCUUGGGCUACAAGUGCAAAAAUCACCCUGAAAUCUUCGAAUAAAGAUGAAAUGGAUAGAUUCACUCUGCAUACUGUAUAUAUCGAGGAUGACAAGUGCUCACGGAAUACUGAAACUCAGAAGAUUCAAGGUCCAAUUGGCAAUGAAUGGAGCAAGUCAAUCACUGUUCAAGGUGGAAAAACGUUAGAAGCAUGCGUUGUUCGUCCCUGGUCUCGAGGGAAGACACCAGUUGAUAUCGACAUGAUAAUCGACUUCUUCGGGGUCCAGAAACCGAGUUCAAUUGCACUUAUUCAUGGAGCAACAAGUUGUCCAAUUCGAAUUCAAGCUGCCCCAACAAAAGGAAUUGAUAUCGCUCCAGCCAUUGCAUUGAAAUCGCUAGUAGUGUCAUUGAAGCCACAAUCUGCAAAAGUUGAAGCACUUGGGCCUCGUGACCUCUUCCUUACUUCUGGACUUCAGGUCAAUAGGCUCCUCCUCACUUAUCAAUUGAAAAUUCAAAAAUCAAGCGAGGUGCAGCUUCAAUUCGCUGGACUCACUUCGUAUUUAUACGAAUCGCCAGUUGACUGUGUGCUGUUCCAAAUUUUCGGAGCAAAUAAAUCCUAUGUCGGCGCAGCAUCUUCGUACCCGGAUAGAUGGACACAAAAACUCGAGAAGGGAGAAUACACUAUUCAAUCUCAAAUCAGACAUCCGGAUGAACAAGUUUUGCAAGGAUUGAAAGAGAUUCCUCUGCUCGUACAUUCAAAGUUAGGAAGCAAGGUUUCUGUUGAGUUGGCCGCUUCCGCCAGUGAUGCAUUAAUGGGAAAAGAGAGCAAGUUUUCGGGAAAAGCUCUACUUCCAAGCCAAGAAAUGACAAUUUACGCGAUGAAUGUUGCUGAUGACAAACUUCCUAAAAAUAUCAUUCUAACCAGUGGUAGUUUCCUGACUGGAACAUUCUCCGCUCUUAAAGAUUCCGAUUUGAGUGCUGUUGAUAAAUCAGAAGUGAUCUACUAUCUCAGUGAAUACUCUACUCGUGCCGCAAAAGGUCUUUCAAUGGUGACAACAAAAAAAGACAAGAAUCAAAAAGAAGAAAUGACUGAAGCCAUUCGUGAUUUGGAAGUUUCAUGGGUUCCAAAAUUGACUGAUGAGAAAGCGGCCAAGGAGUUUUUCGAUACCUGCCUUCAAAAGUACCCGGAUCAUCUCCCACUUCUUCAAAAUCGUGUCAAGCAACUCAUGCAAACGAAGCUUUCGGAUCAGACCACCGAGAAUAUACAGAAAGUUGUCGAGCUGUGUGCUAAAAUUCUUGAAAUUACAAAGCCUAAUGAAGUUCUCCAGUUCCUUUCUGUCAAACAAGAACAUGAUGAUGAUAUUCUAACUGUGGAAAAGUGGCUGGCAGUGACAGGAGGAAACGAGGAGCAACGGAAAGAUGCUGCGAAAGUGGUCUCGAGUUUCAAUGAUCGUAAGAGUGCCACGAUCCUCGCAUUGCAAGCUCUUGCGUCAUUGGAGCAAGACUUGGAAAUGCGGAAAAGUGCUAAGAAUAUUCCAGCAAGUAUUCAAUACGGAGGAGGGACGCCUUUGAUUUUCGGUGGAAAGCAAGGAGAAGUUAUCAAUAAGAAGUCGGAUAACUUUGACGCUCUGAAAACCAAAGCUGAACAAAUUGAUGCUGUCGUUUCGGAAGAAUUGAAGAAGUUGGAUGCUCAUUGGACUGGAAAUCAAUUCUACGUCAAGCUUCUUGUUUGGCUAUCUGCUGAUGACUCGAAAACUGCAUUGAUUUCUGCGAAACAUGCUGCAGCUCUCGGUCAAUUCGGAAGAUGUGCCAAGAUGCUCAACAAAGCAGGAGAUGAGCUCAAGGCAUCAGCAACCGAUUCUCAAGCUGUGGAUUCGACGUUGGCGGAAGUUUGCGAGAACCAGGAGUGGAAUCAUCUUUCCACAUACUUCAAAAAUUUGGCUCUCAUCAAAAAUCGUUCGUCUUUCAGACUUUUCUAA